UUUCUGAUUGAAUCUGCUCGGUUUGUAUUAGUUAGACGAGCCCUGGAGCAGCUCGGGAAGCCGUGACUGCGGACCCAGGCGCUUCUCGUUAACAUCCCGACAUGAUUUAAGCGCGCUGCGGAGGAAACGCGCUCCAUGUUGCGUCUGAGCGGAGCUGCACGGAUCCUCAGGAUGUUUGCUGCGCAGAGAUGCUUCUGCUGAGCAUGGACGAGAAGAAGAAGAAGCAGGGCGUCUGUUACAAUGAAGGCGUCCCCUUUUUUGUUGUGAACACGGGCCACACCGCUGAAUCACUGCAACGCUACUAUGGACAACUUAAAGAAGGCGUCUGUCCCCCAUCGCUCCCAUGAAGAGCAUUGCGCAGUGCAGUGAAAACUGGAAAUCGUGCUGCCGAAUAGGAGGGGAAUAUAUUACCUAAUCACCCGCUUCUGUACUGGGAAUUUAUUCCCAGUGCAGCCCCCCCAUACACACACUCUACAGAGCGUUGGUGCAUUUUCAAUGUAGAGCUUUGUCCAGCGGUGGGAGCCACACUCCAGGGGCACAGAUGAGAGGCAAACAAUACCAUCAACCACUGAAGUUGACAGCGCCUUGGGAGAAGGAUGCUGGCUUUGGGAGGAAGCUCAAAACCUACAGGAACCACACCAAGAUAAUAGCACAGCCUGGGAUCGUGAUGAAAGUGCUCCGCAGAAAGAGGAUUGUGUUGUUUAUGGCCUAUUUCCUACUGCUGGUCCUCACCAUGCUCAAUUUGGCUAAUUAUAAAUGGACCAAGGAGCCACAGCAGUGCAACCAUCAGAUGAGGAGCACCACUUAUCAGAGCAGAUCUGACAUUCGCUUCCUUUACAGGCCCUCUCUGGCCAAAAAGAGACAGCUCAUCUACGUCCUGACCACCUGGAGGUCGGGCUCGUCCUUUUUCGGGGAGCUUUUCAACCAAAAUCCAGAAGUGUUCUUUUUGUAUGAGCCCAUGUGGCACAUCUGGCAGAAGCUUUACCCUGGCGACGCCGUGUCUUUACAAGGGGCAGCCAGAGACAUGCUUAGCUCCUUGUAUCGCUGUGAUCUGUCUGUUUUCCAACUUUAUAACAGCCCCGGAGGCAAGAAUUUCACCUCCUUGGGACUGUUUGGGGCCACCCUGAAUAAAGUGGUGUGCUCCUAUCCCCUCUGCUCAGCCUACAGGAAGGAGGUGGUGGGGAUGGUGGAUGAUAAGGUGUGUAAAAAGUGCCCCCCUCAAAGCCUUAGACUUCUGGAGGAGGAGUGCCUCAAAUAUAACACCAUAGUCAUUAAAGGGGUGCGUAUCCUGGAUGUAAACGUGCUGGCUCCUUUAAUGGAGGAUCCAUCCUUGGAUUUGAAGGUGAUACAUUUGGUUAGAGACCCGCGGGCCGUCGCUAACUCCAGGAUUAAGUCUAGACACGGCCUGAUCAGGGAGAACUUACAGGUGGUUCGCAGCAGGGACCCUAAACUUCGACGGAUACCUUUUGUGGAUCCGGGCCACAAAGCCAAUAAGAAGGACGGCUCCGACUAUCACUCCAUCGGAGCCAUGGAGGUGAUCUGCGACCGCACCUCCAGGACCUUAAGGACUGCUUUAAACCCGCCCAGCUGGCUGAAGGGGAAGUACAUGGCGGUGCGGUACGAAGACCUGGUGGAAAACCCGGUGAAGACGCUGAGGAGCAUCUACCGCUUUGCCAACCUCACCAACAACCACGACAUCGAGCUGUUUGCUCUCAACAUGACCAGCGGCUCCAGCUCUUCCUCGAAGCCGUUCAUCGUCUCCUCCAGGAACGCCACACAAGCCGCUAGCGCGUGGAGAACGGUGCUGAGCAUUCAGCAGAUCAAACAAGUGGAGGACUACUGCCACCACUCCAUGUCUGUUCUGGGCUACGAAAGAGUGAGAACAGCAGGGGAGGCCAAGGACUUGAGCAAAUCCUUACUGACUCGCUCCAAAUUGUGAAAAUGAAAAAAAAAAACCCCAAUCAAACAUCCUCACCACCAAAGACCUAAUUUAAUGUCCAUUUCUCAUCGAGUGCCGUUCCCUCUUAUUGUGGAAUCAAAGCUUUACUUUUCAGUGUUUGAGGAGCUCCACUGGCCACAUUUGGAAUGUAUCAUGCUUUUAUUUUUUUUCUCGGUCGACUCUUUUAUACUGGAUACGUUUGAUGAUGCGAGGCUGCGGACUUGAAUAAUCUGAAGGAAAAUAACAGAAACUACAUUUCACAUAUCUUUCAGUGACACUUCAAAGUAGAUGUUUUGAGAUUAUUUUUGAAUGUUCAAAAUUUUUUAAAUAUCUAAUUUUUCAGUCUCCAUACUGUCUGUAAACGUAAAACUAGCGGGUAAAAAGAAAAAAAUAGAAAUAAAUCCAUUAUUAAUGUUUAUUUUUAGGGUCCGUUUGAAGUUGGAGACAAUCAGUAACUUGGUUUGUUGACGUGCCAUAACGUGGAGGUGUCAUCAGAGCAGCUGUCCUGAAAUACUUUUUUUAGUUUUUAAAGAAACGGGGUUUUCUCUUUUGUUUUUAUUUUAUUUUGUCAGCGUCCUUGUGGGGAUGAUGAUGAUGUCAUGCACUGUGGACAUAGUCACAACUCUGGAGCUGAAACAUCUCUGUCGGUGUGAGCAGUCUGUUCUACCAUUUCAAAUGUUUACAAUUGCUUGCUCUUAUGAAAACACCUGAUCUGAGAAAGUUCAGUAAAGUUCACAGGAAACAA